UUUGAAAGAGUGAUAAUGGGAGGUAUGAGCCGUUGGUUAGACGUUGAAGCAGCGACGGACGAUAUAGAUAUUAAUUCCUUACCUUCUAAUUUGGCUCUCACUGAUUUAGAAAACGACAAUGAAUAUAAACUUAUUAUUGGUGAUUUAGGAAAAGGUGAAGAAGGACCAAGAUUAAAGAUAUUUAAAGGUGCCAUGCAAUUAUCUGAUAUUGCUCUACCAGAUUUACCACUAGGAGUGGAAAGUAUCUACACCAGCGACUCUAAACCGAGAACAUUACCCUUAAUUGCAGUUGCAUUUUCUUCAUGUAUUUACAUUUAUAGAAACUUAAAAUUAUUCUACAAGUAUUAUCUGCCAACUAUGGAGCUAAAUUCCAGUGAAAUGGAAAUCUGGAAACAGCUUACAGAUCCAGUAAACCAUAAGGAAGAGAAAGUCUACGCACUCACAGACAGUCUGCACAACAUGCCACAAAAAGUUCUAAGUUCUCAAUCAAGACAUUUCCUAGAGCUGACCCUCGAACAGCAGCUUGAAUUUUUGGAUAACGCAGAAUUACCAAAGAAGACCCUCUCAGAAAUAUCUUGUAUGACUACUUUGAGAAUGUGCUCCGUUGACAAGUAUGCAAUGAGCUGUCUAGUUCUGGGUACAGAAGAUGGGGAACUGAUUGUGCUCGAUCCACAGACCUUUACACAAAUUCAUUUGGCAAGGUUAUGCACAGUCAAGAGAACACCGUAUCAGAUAGUAGCAACAGGCCUGUAUAAUGUUGACUACCGAAUAACCGUGGCUACCAGAGAAAAAUCUGUCUGCUUAUUGAAGAGGGAGUGGAAGGAGGGUCGUCUUCUUUUCAAUACGGAUGACAACAUCGUCGCUAUGGAAGUGAUGACGACAGACAACAGCGUUAUGGUCAUAUCGACCGACGGCACUCUGGCGUGCUACAGCAGAAAGGGUAAAAAAGUAUGGUCCAUAUCGCUAGAACAUCGUCCCGUAGCAAUGACUCUUUUGCCAAUCAUGCAUUUGGGAGUGACCCUGACGGCCGUGGCCUUGAGCUCUGGACACGUUCAUCUGUACGAGGGGAAGGCUCGCAGGGACACUAUUUAUGUAAGAGAUGUCGUCUCAGUGAUGAAGUUCGGACAGCUCGGUCAGGAGGAGCAUGUGUUUACCAUCAUAACCGCUAACGGAAACUUAAUGUUGAAAAUCCUGAAACGAACGGCGAACUUCAACGCUCACGCAGCGGGUAUCGAACCGACUAUCAGUGCGACUGUUGGUCAGAAGCCAUGGCUCAUACCCAAGAAGUCGAAGCUGUUUCUAGAACAGUCUAUGAGGGAGCGAGAGAAUGCUAUACCGAUGCAUACCAACUUCCAACACGAGCUCAACAGACUGAGGCUGUUGUCAGCGAGGACUCUUUUAGAAGCUCACACCAAGUCUGAGAACUCUAUUGGAGCCGGUAAUAUGGAGCCGAUACGAUUGUCGGCCGAGGUCGAGGGACUGGGACCAGUCUUCCGCGUGACACUGAUAGUGGAGAACACGUCGACAGAUAAAGCUGUAUUAGGCCUCUCCAUAUUGUUUCUUGUUCAUUCCACGGCUUAUAAAGUAUAUAACCCCUAUGUCAAGGUUCCACUAAUAUCACCGGGCAACCAACUCAAGUUCCCCGCAAAAGUCGAGGAGAUAUUCGGCGAGAAUUUAAACCCUGAUAUUUUUUUCCGAAACGUCACAGGACAAGCGGGCGAAGGAUCGCUCAUAAGGGUUCUUCUCUUGAAAGACGGAAAGUCGAAUCCCGUACUAGCAGCGACCGUUACGAUGCCCCCCGAUCUCACCACAUUCCAAAAUGUCUCUUGACGAGCAAUUCCAAAAAGUCGCUGCAUCAGUAAGGAACUGGAAGACCAGGCCAAGCGACAACGAGAACCUCGCUCUCUACUCUC